ACUAUAAAUCAUUUUAAUCUGGAAGACAGAGAGAGGAAGAGAGAGAAAAUAGAAUCUAUAUGGAAAACUAUAAAAAAAUGGGACCAACUUAAUCUUUUCUGUAUGUAGGGGUGGAGGUUUUUACUUAACUUUCGGUCAGCCGACUUUGUACUUAGUCGGCAUUUUUCAUCAUCUUUCUCUUUUGAGUUUGACCCCCACCAUAAACAUUAAUAAACUACGUGCAGAUCUGUUGUCACCAUUUUAAACUCCAUUUUCCGUUUCUUUAUUACUUUCUCUCUCCUCUUUACCCUUUUGAAACUUUCUCAUUACUCUAAAACACCAACUUUUUCCCACCCUUCAUUUUAACUGAAGCUGUUUGAUCAUUUGCUUCUGAGAGAACAGAUUAAAUCAAGUUUUAUGCUUUCUGGGUUUUCUUUUUCUCCACUGAAUAUAGCGUGUGCUUCAGCUUUCCAACAUUGUCGCUGAAUUCGACUUGGGUGCAUUAGCGGACCUGUGUUUGCCUUCAAUCCAGUGUUCUGCAUAUGAUUUACUAGUAAUCUGCCGAGAAAUGGGUGGAAGAUUUCUGUUGUCGUCGGAAUCGCAAAAACGCCAGAGGUCCUACACCACGGCUUUGGCUUCGGCUCUUCUUGAAUGGAUACUCAUUGUAUUGUUGCUUGUAUAUGGAUUAUUCGGAUAUCUCAUCACAAAAUUUGCUCGUUAUUGCGAAUUGCCUCUACCUUGUUUGCUAUGCUCUAGGAUUGAUCGUAUUUUUGGAAGUGAAAAAGUUGGGUUUUACCGAGAUAUGAUGUGUAGAAGUCACAAGUUGGAGAUCUCAUCCUUGGUCUAUUGCCAUUUCCAUGAGAAGCUUGUUGAUGUUCGUGGGAUGUGUGAAACUUGCCUUUUCUCUUUUGCCACAAAAGAUAGAUCCAAUGCUGAAACAUAUAGGUUGUUGGUUGGUAAAUUGGGAGGAGAAGAUCUUGGUGGCUUUGGUGAUGACCUAGCAAUUAAUGAUCAUAAGAACAAUGGAUUGGACAUGAAGCAUUGCUGUUGUUGCAAUGAGUUGUGGACAUCAAGCCGUCAUCCCCAAACAUUGCUUCAGACUAAGUCGAGUGGGUUUGAUGACACUGAUCUUAACUUGCCUUUGAGCCGGGAAAUUGGCCAAGAUCUCAUCGAUGUUAAGAAAGAAGUAAAAUCAUUGCGUCCUUUGACUGAUAUUAAAAGAAAGUCUGAGGAUUCUUUGGUUCAAUUUGGAUACACAGAGCUGAAAGUCACCUCUGAUACUGAAUCAGAUAUACAAAUGUCUGAUGCUGAAGACACAAGAUCAUUGAUUUCUGACGAUCCUCUAAGAGAUCUGAUAUUAGAUUCUAGACCAUUGAAACCCUUUAUUGCUGUGUCUGAAGAUGAAACUGCCUGUGACAAGCCAAUUGAUCUGGAUGCUUCAUCACGCGAACCCUCAGAAACAUUACAUCUGGUGCAAUUUGAUAUCAUUGAUCCUCAUGAAAGUCAAUCAGUUGCACCUGCUUCUUCUAUUGGCCAUGGUUUGGAAGAACUUAAUUGGCAGGAAAUUGAUAUUAAUCUUCAUCCAUCUGCAUCAACGCAUGCGCUAACUAUUGAUUGUCUGGUGGAGUCACCAAAUGAUGGGAAUAUCAGUUCUGCAAUAGAUAGAUCAAUUUCUGAAGAAGCUGGAAAUGUGCUGGAAAAAGUGGAUGUCAAAGACUCAAAGGACAUGGAUGUUACAAAAGUUGGAGUUGCGCAAACACUGGUGCAUGCAAAUGACAAAAUUGAGGAGAUGGAAAGCAUACAAACUACUACAGAUUUCAGCAGUUCCAACACAAGGUCUGACCAUAAGGAUGGUGGUUUUCAAAUGCCUAAUCAUUUGGAUCUUGGUGAUGCUUAUAGGCUAGCUAUUAGCAGCAGGGGCAAGCAAUUGUCUGGUAAGCUGGCUGGAAAAGAAUCACCAAGUAUUAGUGCAGAUCUAAAGCUUUUGCUCUCGCAAAUGUCUCGAGGAUCUGAGUUUCUUUCGAAUGAUAUUUUGAGCCCCAGGGUGUCUAAGAAUCUUGAUGAGAUCAAGGCUUGUGAUGCAUCUAUCUCUAUCGGAAUGAAGUUUCUUCAAAAGAGGCUCUCACUUGAGAGGAAUGAUUCUAAGACUUCCCUUGAUAGGAAUGAAUCUGGAGUCGAAUCUUUUGACUUCAAUGCCGUCAGUGAAAUUGAAGGUGAAAGUGAACUUGGUCGGUUGAGACGACAGCUUGAGCAUGAUAGAAAGUUUUUGAUUGCAUUGCUCAAGGAGUUGGAGGAGGAAAGAAAUGCGUCCGCUAUUGCAAUAAAUGAAGCAAUGGCAAUGAUCACAAGACUGCAGGAAGAGAAAGCUGCUUUUCAAAUGGAAGCCUCACAAGACCUUAGGAUGAUGGAAGAGCAAGCUGAAUAUGACAUGGAAGCUCUAGAUAAGUUAAAUGACCUAAUGAUGGAGAAGGAGAAAGAGAUUCAAGAUUUAGAAGCAGAGCUUGAGUAUUACCGGACCAAGUAUUCAAAUGAGUCAAUGGGUAAUGUUGGGGAGUCAGCUUCAAAUGCAUGCUUAAGUGACAGUGAGAAACAUAUAGGGGCUCUUAACAAUCUUAAUAUCUUGCCUGAAAAUACCUUGAGUAAUUCGCAGGAUCCUUUGUUAGAAUUCGAAAAAGAAAGGACAUAUAUUUUGGAGUGUCUAAAUAAUUUGGAGAAGAAGCUUAGUGCUUUUUGCUUCAAUAGAGUAUGCCAAGACUUGACGAAUGAUGAUCAAUCAGGAGAGCAAGGGAAAGAUUCACGUGAUGUGACAUUGCCUGAAGAGGGUCGAAAAGUGAAUAGUGAAACUGAUGAGAACAGUGUUGUGUCAGAGAAAGUUGGCUUCAUCCCGACAGGAAGCCAUCAAACUCUAUUGAGACAUGUUCGUUCUUUUAGAAAGUCCAACUCUGCGGGAGCUGAACAGGGAGAAAUGAUCAGUAAGGAAGCUGAUAUUGUAGCUCUUAUUAAUGAGGUAUCCACUUUAAGUGAUAGAUUACAAGCACUUGAAGCUGAUCAUUCUUUUAUUGAGCGAUCUAUCAACACACUUAAGAAUGGGGAGGACGGUCUAAUACAGGAGAUCGCAUCUCACCUCCGAGAAUUACGAAAUAUUGGUAUCAGAAGAUAUGAUAAGGCCACCCACUAGAAAGGCAAUCAUGGCAGAGAUUUACCAUGCUCUUCUGAUUAAUAUUGACAGUGCAGCACAAGAUUAAGCCUUUUUUCAUGGUUGAAAAUUGAAAAUUUGGUUGACAUAGCUUUUGGUCGUAUAUAAUCCUUUGUUUGAAGAUUUCCGUCUUGCCACUAAUUUAAUUGUGAAUAGUUUAUAUUGCAUUUCUUGUUCUUUUGUCACUAUGAUAAUACUAUGACAGUAUGAUCCAUAUUAUUUGUUACUAGCUUUUAGAGUUGAAGAUCGAGAAGAUAGUGGACCGGCUAUAUACAUGUAUUAUUAAAUUUGUGGGUGUAAACUCUGUAAAGUAAGCAGGAUAUGUAAAAGUUGACAGCUUGCCAACCUUGUAUAUCAACAUUGAAAUAUACAAAGAGCUAUAGAAUUUAAGGUGGUGA